GAGACUCAUGAUGAUUCUCAGGCCGCGGGGACGGCAGCUGCACCAUCCGUAGUGCCGGAUGCAUUGAAACGUAUACCAGUUAAAACACAAGAUGAACGGGAGGCCGCUGUUCUUGAGAAAGGGAUCAAGGAAUCCAGUGCAACUGGUUAUGCUGCCCAGACGACGUCCAGUUUAUACAUCUUCCUGCUCGCGAUGGUUCUAUAUCCCGAGGUGCAGACACGUGCGCAAGCAGAGAUUGAUUCUGUCAUUGGGGAAACUCUCGAAAGAUUGCCCGACUGGGACGAUCGCGCUUCUAUGCCCUACAUCAAUGCCAUCAUACUGGAGACGCUGAGGUGGUUCCCUGUCGCCCCUCUGGGCUACUAUAUUCCAAAAGACAUAACCAUCUCUUCUUAUGCAAGGUUUAUGGCGCGCAAUCCAGAUAAAUAUCCUAACCCGACGAGGUUCAUACCCGAGCGUCACAUGUCAAAAGUCGUCGAAGAGCCGUCAACACACGGCCCUGCCAGUGAUGAUAUUUCCUUCGUUUUCGGAUUUGGAAGGCGUAUUUGUGUUGGACGACAUGUCGCCGAGGCUUCUUUAUUCGCCGCAGUUGUGAAUAUUCUAGCUGUUUUCCGGUUGGAACGUGCGCCAGGGUGGAAUGUCGGGCCUGAUGCUGAAGGAGUGGAAUGGACGGGAGGCUUAACGACGCACCCUGUAUUCCCGUGUAUAUUCACCCCUCGCCACAGGAAGGAAAGGGUAUCGCAGUUGGUAAAAAUGCAAUGCUAAGAGCUGUGCGGAUAUGGUUCUGGGGUGAAAUCAUGUAUUACCUUUGUUUUUAGUGUCGUUGGCUUUCGUUAUCCGUCAG